ACUCUCUUUAGCUCCAUUUCUUCCUUUCUUUUACAAUUUUUCCCUCUUCCUUUUUUUUUUUUUUUUCCACCCCCCUGGAUUAGGCAGCAAUCAAUCCUUCUCCCUGUGUCUGUUGAGAAACAGGUGAUCCUUGUUAACAGCGAUCAGUUUGUGGAUGCAGCUUCCUCUCCGGCGUUUGAAGGAUGAUGAUACCAGGCAAGACUGAAUCAGCAUAACUUUUACUUUGCAAGAGGAAAAACUUUUUUCCCUGUUUGAAGGCACUAAAAAACACGUAGCAUUUUAAAGCAGAAGAAGUUGGUUUUAAAGCUGAACUUCUCCACUUUCCCGGGAUUUGUGUGUGUCAAAGGCUGCGUCUUUUUUUUUUUUUUCUUUUCUCCUCCCUUAUCCCCCAAAAGGAAACUGUUGCUAGUUGGAAUAGACUUUUUAAAUGUUUGGGAUUCAAGAUACUUUAGGGAGAGGACUAAUUCUGAAAGAUAAAUCUCUAGGUUCUGAAAUGGAUUCCGUCAGGUCCUGGGUCAGAAACGUUGGGGUUGUGGAUGCAAACGUAGCAGCACAAAGCGGAGUAGCUUUGUCCAGAGCUCACUUUGAAAAGCAGCCACCCUCCAACUUGAGGAAAUCCAAUUUCUUUCACUUUGUUCUGGCUCUCUACGACAGACAGGGGCAGCCGGUGGAAAUAGAGAGGACAGCUUUUGUGGACUUUGUAGAAAAUGAUAAAGAGCAAGGCAAUGAAAAGACAAACAAUGGCACACAUUACAAACUCCAACUCCUUUAUAGCAAUGGUGUCAGGACUGAACAGGAUCUGUAUGUUAGACUCAUCGAUUCAGUCACUAAGCAGCCCAUAACUUAUGAAGGACAGAACAAGAAUCCUGAAAUGUGCAGAGUUUUGCUUACCCAUGAAGUCAUGUGCAGUCGGUGCUGCGAGAAGAAAAGUUGUGGCAACAGAAAUGAGACUCCGUCUGACCCUGUGAUCAUUGACAGAUUCUUCUUAAAGUUUUUCCUCAAGUGCAAUCAGAAUUGUUUGAAAACAGCAGGAAACCCAAGAGAUAUGAGACGAUUCCAGGUUGUGCUAUCAACAACAGUGAACGUUGAUGGGCAUGUGCUGGCAGUGUCUGACAACAUGUUUGUUCACAACAACUCCAAGCAUGGACGGAGAGCAAGGAGACUUGAUCCCUCAGAAGCCACACCGUGCAUCAAAGCAAUCAGCCCAAGUGAAGGUUGGACUACAGGGGGAGCAAUGGUGAUCAUCAUUGGAGACAACUUCUUUGAUGGGCUGCAAGUUGUGUUUGGAACCAUGCUUGUAUGGAGUGAGCUGAUCACGCCUCAUGCCAUCCGAGUUCAGACACCUCCACGUCACAUUCCCGGAGUGGUUGAAGUGACAUUAUCGUACAAAUCCAAACAGUUUUGCAAAGGCGCGCCAGGCAGGUUUAUUUACACAGCUUUAAAUGAACCUACCAUAGAUUACGGUUUCCAAAGACUGCAGAAGGUCAUCCCAAGACAUCCUGGUGACCCAGAAAGACUAGCUAAGGAAAUGCUGUUGAAACGAGCUGCUGACCUCGUUGAAGCACUGUAUGGGACGCCACACAACAACCAGGACAUCAUUCUGAAGCGAGCUGCAGACAUCGCAGAAGCUCUCUACAGUGUGCCCAGAAAUCCCGCGCAGAUCCCUGCGCUGUCUAGCUCUCCUGCUCACAGCAGUAUGAUGGGGAUCAACUCCUACGGUAGCCAGCUGGGAGUCAGCAUUUCAGAGUCAACACAGGGGAACAACCAAGGUUACAUUCGUAAUACGAGCAGCAUCUCACCCCGAGGUUACUCCUCCAGUUCCACACCUCAGCAGUCCAAUUACAGCACUUCCAGCAACAGCAUGAACGGCUACAGCAACGUCCCCAUGUCAAACCUGGGCGUUCCAGGCUCACCUGGAUUCAUUAACGGCUCCCCAACAGGAUCCCCGUACGGACUAAUGUCUUCAAGUCCAACAGUUGGCUCUUCCAGCACUUCUUCCAUCCUUCCAUUCUCCUCUUCCGUCUUUCCUGCUGUCAAACAGAAGAGUGCCUUUGCUCCUGUCAUCAGACCCCAAGGGUCUCCUUCUCCUGCCUGCUCUAGUGGCAAUGGAAAUGGGUUUAGAGCCAUGACUGGUCUUGUCGUUCCCCCGAUGUAAGGAAGAGGCAGCUUUGCUCCUCUCUCCCUCUUCCCUUUUUUCCUCUUUUUUUCAUUUUUCUUUUACAGCACAAAACUACUUAUUGUGAUGGACCACUAAAAAGAAAAAAAUAGCACUACAAGCUCUUUUUUGGGGGAAAGCCAGGCCCAGGAAAAAAAAAGGAACAUUUUUUAUGGAUUGGACAAGAUGGAAGUCUGCAUCUUUUACCUGUUUCGUAUUUCUGACACAACCACAUCAACUCCUAAAACAUUGUGAAUGAAGAAUCAGCCAGGAGCCAGCAGGAACAGCGGUUGGCAGAGCGGAAUCCGAAAUGCAAAGUCUUUCUUGAAAGACAGGAAACCUUCCUAAGAUUUGUAAAAUAUUAAAAGGAGAAAGAAAUUGGCAAAAUGAUUCAGGCUUGAUAUUUUGGAUACAAUUUCUUUUACUUUGUAGGGGAAAAAAGUUGAAGUUUCUAUUUUCUAUCAGAUAUCAAUUUAGUUUAUGCAGAAAAA